AUGAUAAUGAACAACCAAACUGUCAUCACCCACUUCUUCCUCCUGGGAUUACCCAUCCUUACAGAACACCAGCACCUGUUCUAUGUCCUGUUCCUGGCCAUGUUCCUCACCACUGUCCUGGGGAACCUCAUCAUCAUCAUCCUCAUAAUACUGGAAUCCAAUCUCCACACACCCAUGUACAUGUUUCUCAGCAACUUGUCCUUAUGUGACCUCUGCUUUUCCUCUGUCACAAUGCCCAAGUUGCUGCAGAACAUGCAGAGCCAAAACACACCCAUCUCCUAUGUGGCUUGUCUGACACAAAUGUACUUUUUCAAUGUUUUUGGAACCCUGGAGAUCUUCCUUCUUGUAGUCCUGGCCUAUGACCGCUAUGUGGCCAUCUGUUUACCCCUUCAGUAUUCCAGCAUCAUGAGCCCCAAUCUCUGUGUGUGUCUGGUGGUGCUCUCCUGGGUAUUUACUCUGUUUUAUGCCAUGGUUCACACACUACUCUUGACUAGACUGUCAUUUUGUAAGAACAAUGUGAUCCCACACUUUUUCUGUGACAUAUCUGCCCUUCUGAAGUUGGCCUGCUCUGAUGUUUAUAUUAAUGAACUAAUGAUACUUAUCUUGGGAGGGUUUCUUCUUGUCAUCUCACUCUUACUCAUCAUUGUAUCCUAUGUACAAAUUGUCUCCUCAAUCCUAAGGAUUUCUUCUACUCGGGCUAUCCACAAGCUCUUCUCCACCUGUGGGUCCCACCUGUCUGUGAUCUCAUUGUUCUAUGGGACAAUUAUUGGUCUGUACUUAUGUCCAUCAGCUAAUAACUCUACUGAAAAGGAGACUGCCAUGUCCCUGAUGUACACAGUGGUGACUCCCAUGCUGAAUCCCUUCAUCUACAGCUUGAGAAAUAGAGAUAUGAAAGAGGCCCUCAUAAGAGUCCUUUGCAAGAAGAAAAUCUCUUUUUAA